UAAAAUACUUACAUUUAGUUUGUGUAAGAUUCGUAAUAUUGAAAACAGCAAUUUUAUAUUAAUAAUUAAUUAGUAAUUAAUUUUAAUUUUUUCUUUAAUUAUAUUAAUAUUUAUGUAUGUUUAUUUGUGUAUUAAUAUACAUAAUUAAGUUAAAUUGGCUUAAUUUAGUCGAUAAUUUAUUAUUUGUCGAUUAAAACAAUGUUCGUAUCAUUAGUAUUUGUUUUAUGUUUUACAUCAGCUUUUAGUAAAAAUUUAUUAAGUAAUGAUGUUUUAAUCGAAAAAUUACAAUUGGCUUCACUUCAAGUCAUUGAACAACAUUCAAGUGAUUCAUUAAAUGAUGAUAAUUAUCAAUAUUUAACUCAAGAAGAUAUAUUAGAAGACAAUGUUGUUCGCAGUCGACGAUCAGUUCCUCGAAUUUUCAAAAUACCAGUUUUGGAAAACACGACUGACUUUAUGCAUAGUUAUGUGGCCGACACGGGUGUUGGCAAUCGCGAAGACAUUAUCGUUGAGAACAUUCAAGAGGAACAACUAAAAGUAUUGGUGCCAUCAUCGAUGUUGGGUUGGAAAUACCUGCGCUUCAAUAGCACUGAUUAUGUGAUGGCUUUUCAAGAUUUUAAUAUAAAUGUAUGGCAAAUGACAUUAACCGGCGAUAUCAGAGGUCGUGGUCUAAUGUUUGACUCGCGGAACGCCUAUUGUUCGGUAAAUUUUUACAAUGAGGGUCAGGUCAUUGAUGCCAUGUUUUAUACAAAAGUAAUCAAAUACUCGGAAGUUCUUAUGAUUGCCCUAACGAUAGGCUUAAGAAACGGAUAUCAAUUGCGUAUCUAUGAAGUGGUGUAUGGAGAGUGUGUAUCAGUAUUACAACAAAAUCUUCAACACAACCGUCCCCUCCGAAUGUCUUUAAUUAGGUCUCAAUAUGAAAGCGCUUUGGUUUUGCUAUACAAUAACACCCGAAGCAUAACUGAUAUCAAGUAUUCUCAGAAAACUCACGACGAGUCCACUAAACUGAUAGAAGUUUUUACAGAUAAUGCCAUUGAUUUGGAAACUAUGUCUAUCAAUGGUUUUACUUUUCUGAUUAUUGCUAAUGGAAAGGGAUGUCAAGUCUACAAAAUGAACGAAUUUUUGACAAAACAUUAUAUAUCUGAAAAUAUUGCAAUUCCUGAGAUAAUUGAUAUCAAACCAUUCCGUCUCGGAUUUAAUCACUUUCUUGGUUUAGCCACAAAAAGUAUACAUCAGUAUCUAUACAUUUGGGACAGUAAUUCAUUUUAUUUAAAACAAAUAUUUAAAGCAAAUAAUGUGUUAAAGUUGAAUACAAUAUAUAUGGCCACCUGUAGAGAUGAUGUCCUCAUAUAUUUUACUCGUCAAGGCUUUCAAGAACUGAUAUAUAGAUGGGAUGGACAACGAAGACAUUUUCAAUUGGUUAACAAUGAGAUGAUAACAGGUCUCUCUCGAGGUUAUCAGGUUUUGACUAUUUCUGCGGCAGAUUUUUCAUAUAAUCAUACGGCGUAUAUCUUUAUUGUGGACUCAAACCGUAGGCCACAUUUAGUGUCAAUUAGUACCAAACUAGAUGUGGUUCCCGAUCCAGAGCUUAUGAGAGGUCAUAAAAUCUAUGAAUUAAUGAACAAUCUUAAGGAAAGGUUUAUAUUUGAACAAACAUAUCUUCAAAAAAUGUCAGAUGAACUCAAGUAUGCCAUAAGAUCGACAUCCAAUGAACAUAUAGUUUCGCAAUCAUUUAUUCACAAUCUAAAUGUACUGAAAGGCAUUAAUGCUAAUAAUAUCAAUACUUUAAGCAAAAUUGUUUGGCAAAACUCAAAAUUAUCUAUUAAUGACUUAAAAUUUAAAAUUAAAGACAUGAAAAUUGUUUUUAAUAUAAUUGAACAAAAUAUACAGAAACUUCUUUAUAUGACAAAUGAUGUGGUACUCCGAAACCGACCGACACUUAUAACCGGACAUAAAUUAUUUAUAGGACUCAAUGAGAUUAAGUAUAUGAACACUACAUCGGCUUCAAUUGGUUUGGUUGGACAACAAAAUCUCAAACAUUUGUUUAACAAUUUGUUCAGAAAAAGUAAACUACAAGUUAUUAGAGGAAUCAAACGUAUGAUUAAACCAAUAGUUGUCAACAAAUUUCUCAAUUCUGGUUCAAUCAAUGGUAUUGAUCUGAGACGACAAAUGGUGACAACAAAUACACAUCAAUUAAUCAAUAGUUCAAUUGUCUAUAACUCUCAACUAACUAUUGCUAAUAAUUUACACAUAAAAGAUAAACUCAAUGGUUUAGAUGUGAACAGAGAUCUUAUUUAUCUUAAUCGACCCGAAGUUAUAUUUACACCAAAAGUGUUUACAUCACAUCUAACUAUUGCUAACAUAGUUAACACAUUAACCAUUGAUGGCAUAAAUGUUAAACAAUUAGCACAAAAUACUUUACUUUCAAAUGGUUUGCCGCAAAUCAUGUCAUCUAAUCUUAAAUUUGUAAAACCAUUGACCACCAAAAGUAUAUCAGUUGUAGGUUUGGUUAAUAAUGUAGACAUAUCAACGAUGGUCAAGUACUUGGUAUACAAGAAUCAUCCGAUUCAAGUAAAGGGCAAAAAGAUCUUCAAUUUAGAUGAUUUGAAAAUGAAAAACAAUUUGUUUGUUAUCAAAACAUUUGAUGGAUUAUCGAUUCCUAAUGAUAUUCUGCUAAAAAAUAAAAAUCAGAUAAUAUCCGGUGAAAAAUAUUUUAUAGGUUUGACAAGAUUUGUAUCUAAAGUAUCAGCAAUUGGUUUAGUGGAUGGCCUGCGUCUGCCUCAAGAUAUAGUGACACUUACAAGAAAUGACACAAUCAAAGGACCGAUAGAUUUUGCCAAUAGUAUUGUUGUCAAUCAACACAUCAUUGCUCGACGUUUGGUCGAUGGGGUCGACAUAUCAGAGCUAUAUUUGUUAGCUUUAAAAUCAAGUGACUCUUUGAUCCAAAACAACGUCCGAUUCUUUAAUUCAGUGACUGUCGAUGCUAUCGAAUUGACUGGUUAUGUGAAUGGCAUAAAUUUGAAUUACUUGUUCAAUGAGGCCAUAUUUAAAGGCAAUCCAAAAGUGCAAAUAAGUGGUACCAAAAUAUUUGAAGCGACUGUUAUUAUAAAGCAAUUACUUGUUGAUCGGAUCAAUGGUGUCGUGUUAUCAAAUAUAAUGACAACCAACAAGAAUGAGACCAUUUUGAUGCCAAAAAUAUUUGUUUCUGAGACCACAUUUAACUCAAUUGAUACAAACGGUUUUGUCGCAGGUGUACAUAUGCGACAGCUUUAUGAUAACCGCAUUUCACUUACUAAAUCCGAAACUAUACCUCAAUUGAAGCAUUUUGUUAAUCAAAUUAUCAUUACUGGUAAUCUAACAGUCGGUUCCAUCAAUGGUUUGGUUCCACAAAAAGAUUUUGUCUUAAAGUCUCGACCGCAACAUAUUAACGGACCCAAAGUGUUUGCCAAAACAUUAAAUGCAAAUAAAGUUUUUGUUGGAAAAUCAACUUUUGUAACGAGAAAAGUAGAUAACAUUAUUAUACAAAAUCUUAAUUCACGUGCUAUACGACUAAACGUUGAUCAAACACUUCCUCAAAGUCUUAUAUUAAUCAACUGUAACGCAAGUUUUGUUGAAAUAUUUAAAGAUGUCAAUGGACUCAAUAUAAAUGAUUUUGCCAAUAAUGUAAUGUCGUUGACGAGGCCACAGGUGGUAGUGGCGCCCAAACAUUUCAAAGCUAUCCAAACAUUUCAAAGAAUUGAAAGCUCAAGAGGAAUAUCUGGUGUAUCACUGGCUUAUCUUAAAGCAAAUGCUGUUGUAUUAAACGGUGUUUCCCGCAUAAGAGCACCCUUUACAUUUGCUCAUACCGUUAUCAUUAAUAAUCCUAUAUUUAUCAAUGGUGUCAUCAAUGGUGUUAAUAUAGGUUAUUUGGCAAACGACGCUGUGUAUAAAAAUAUUAAAAAUAUGAUUACAGGUCGUAAUGUCUUUAGAUCUGGUUUUGAAGUUAGUGGUGAUAUUCAUACAACAAAAUUCAAUGGUAUAGAUCUUUCUAAUGAAUUGUUCACAAAAACAAGAGAUCAUGUAAUUAAAGGAAAAGUAAAAUUUGUUAAAUCGGUUAAUGUUAACGAAGACAUAGCAGUUGGUGGUCGAGUCAAUGGUAUUAAGUUAUCUGAAUUUAAUGCACGGGUUAUUAAGUCAAACACUCAGACAGUAAUUAAAGGCAAUCUGGAACUAAUCGGAACCAUUAAUGUAAUGUCAAGUCUGAAUAGUGCCGGACAUAUAAAUGGCAUAAAUUUAAAGCAAGUUUUCAAUGACGCGGUUUAUCUAAAUACAAAUCAAGACAUUGUUGGUACAAAAAGGAUAACUGAACCGAUUUACAUGUUUGGGCACUUAAAUAGUAGUCAUCUCAAUAGUGUACCUGUGAUACAGUUCCUAACAGAUGUCGUAUUAAUAAACAAUAUUAAAGAAGAGCAUAUCAUUGCUCCUAAAAUUUUUGUCAACGAUGUCGAGGCUAGAGGUUUGGUUCAAAGUAAAGGUAUCGCACAAAUGGGUCCAAUAAAUGGUGUAAAUAUCGUACAACUAAAAGCUGAGUCUGUAAUGACAAACAGAGCAACUGUUUUACCACUAAAUCGUCGUUUUAUAGAUAAUGUGAUUAUAGCUAAUAUGAUACGAAUUGAUGGCAAAAUUAAUGGCAUAGAUUUGUGGAGAGAUGUCAUACUAUUGAAUGUCAUUAACAAUAGAGAGCCACAAGUAAUCACCGGUAAUAAAGCAUUUGAACAGUUAGUCCUUAACGACAAUGCAGUUAUCAAAGGUUUGGUUAAUGGCUAUCCAUUGAAAUCACUUGAAAUAAAUACUGUCUACACAUCUAAUAAUCAGAGAAUAACUGGACAUAAAAUUUUCAAAGGAUUAGUCCAUCUCUUUUCGCCUAAUAAUAGAGUAGAAGUUCUUAAUGGUCUGAGGAUUCCUGAAGACUGGAUUACUUUAAAUGGCAAACAACAGCUAAACUCAAAUUUAGUGUUUAAUAGUCCUCUGAAUAUUAAAAAUAAUUUGUUUGUAACGGGAAACAUAAGUGGUCACAACCUAACGCGUUUGGCCACCCGAUCACUUCGUAAAGAUAGACCGCAAGAGAUUAUUUAUCCGAUAAGAUUUGACACAUUGGUCUUCAGACAAGAUGUGAUGGUCGACCAACACGUGGAUAACAUUGAUUUGAGUGCACUGUCCAACACUGUUAAACAGUUUACAAGAGUAGUGAACGUUUCCAAGGAUGUACUCAUAGAUAAUGCCAAUCGACACCAUUAUAUAUCUGAUUAUAUCUACAAAUCUUUAGAAAAGUCAGUCUUUGAAAUCGAUUCAUUUGUUUUGUAUCAAUUUCUUGAUGAAGUUCACGGAAACUCUAUAGAAAUUGUAUCAAAUAAUGCGUUUACAAUAAGUGAUUCAAUGGGAAACCCAUCAGCCGUUCAUUUAGUUAAAUAUAAUAUCGAUAACGAGUUGUUUGAGGCGACUCUAAUCAAUCAAAAUAAAGGAUUAAUAACCAAAACGUUUGCUUUAAGAGGACACGAGUUUAUCGUGCAUUUGAAUCCAUAUGUUUACAAUUAUACAUCACAUUUGACAGCAUCCGGUAAACUAUUGGCACCAAUUGGACAAUACAUUACAUCUAUGGAAGUGUUAACUGUCAGCAAAACUAUGGCUAUAUUAAUAUCCUAUCAGUCAAACACUGGGAAACUGAUUGUGGACUCACUUGAAGUCCAAAGUAAUAAAUAUAUUUUUAAUCGCAUCACUGAAUCUAUAGUAGGAAGAGAUACAUCAAAAGUGAUAGCAUUUUUGCGCCAAAGUGUUGUACACAUUGUAGUAGGAAAACAUCGCGGUAUGAAUUGCAUACUAGACAGCACCGGGACAUUAAUUUUUGUGCUAAAAUAUCAUCGCACACUUGAACUGAUCCAAUCGCUUUCAGUGAUAAAUGUUGUCGAUAUUAUCUACUUUGAAAAUAACAGAAAAUAUUAUUUAGCGUUAAGUGAGGGUACAUCUGGCGAUGGAUCUAUUGGGUCACACAUUAUUCACAUCUACCGAAACGAUUAUAUAAGCGAUUAUAGACAACACAAGUGUAGUUUCUCAUUGUUUCAAAGAUUAUACUUUAAUAAUGCCAUACAAUUGUCGACUUUUACAUUUGGCACUGUUUACUCUCACCACCAAUACUUGACUGCUUUUAACUCGUCUAAUGUUAUUGUUUGGAAACUAAAAGGAGAGUCCGGUUUCACAGACAAUUGGAUAUUAGAGGCUAAAAGUGCCAAAGUUUUAGUUCCCGCAGUUUUUGCCGAUAAACUCUAUCUCAUUGUUGGACAAAGUUAUAAAUGUCACGAAUCGUUGAUCUUUAAAGCAGAAACUAGAGGAAUAUCUUUAGCACCAAUUGUUUUCUCAACAAAAUAAAUAAAUUAAAAUUUUUAAAUUAAAUUCAAAUUAAUUAGUUUUUUAAUGUAUAUGUUUUAAUAUAAUUAUAAUA